CGUGACGUGACGCGAGGCGGCGCGAUACCGGCUCCACGGUUGUCCAGCCGCGCACGAUCUCGCUCACAACGUUCGCGGUGCUACACAGUGCUCGUUUCAUUGCCGCUGGUGGUUGACGCCGAGGCCGAUUGCCGCUCCCCGGUACUCAUCGUCAGUUUCACUGUGCUCGAUCGUGAGCGACGUUCGUUCCAAGAGAGCCAGCAGAUAAACGAAGAAAGCAAACAUGUGUGACGAGGAAGUUGCCGCGCUCGUAGUCGACAAUGGAUCCGGUAUGUGUAAGGCCGGUUUCGCCGGAGACGAUGCUCCUCGCGCCGUCUUCCCGUCGAUUGUCGGUAGGCCGCGCCACCAGGGUGUCAUGGUCGGUAUGGGCCAAAAAGAUUCUUACGUCGGUGACGAGGCCCAGUCGAAGAGGGGUAUCUUGACGCUCAAGUACCCGAUCGAACAUGGUAUCGUUACCAACUGGGACGAUAUGGAGAAGAUCUGGCAUCACACGUUUUACAAUGAACUGCGAGUGGCUCCCGAAGAACAUCCGGUUCUCCUCACCGAGGCCCCUCUAAAUCCCAAGGCUAACCGCGAGAAGAUGACGCAGAUUAUGUUCGAGACGUUCAACACCCCGGCCAUGUAUGUGGCGAUCCAAGCUGUGCUGUCGCUGUACGCCUCCGGACGUACCACUGGUAUCGUGCUCGAUUCCGGCGAUGGUGUCUCGCACACUGUGCCGAUCUACGAAGGAUACGCCCUGCCGCAUGCGAUUCUCCGUCUGGACUUAGCCGGUCGCGAUCUGACCGACUAUCUCAUGAAGAUCCUCACCGAGAGAGGAUACUCUUUCACGACCACGGCCGAACGUGAGAUUGUCCGUGACAUCAAGGAGAAGCUCUGCUACGUCGCGUUAGACUUUGAGCAGGAGAUGGCUACAGCGGCUUCGUCGUCCAGCUUGGAGAAGAGCUACGAACUUCCUGACGGUCAGGUCAUCACCAUCGGCAAUGAGCGAUUCCGUUGCCCGGAGGCUCUAUUCCAGCCGUCGUUCUUGGGUAUGGAAGCUUGCGGCAUCCACGAGACCACGUACAACUCGAUCAUGAAGUGCGACGUCGACAUCCGUAAGGACCUCUACGCCAACACCGUGUUGUCCGGCGGUACUACCAUGUACCCGGGUAUCGCCGACAGAAUGCAGAAGGAGAUCACUGCCUUAGCGCCGUCUACCAUGAAGAUCAAGAUCAUUGCGCCGCCCGAGAGGAAGUACUCCGUAUGGAUCGGCGGCUCGAUCCUCGCCUCACUCUCCACGUUCCAACAGAUGUGGAUCUCCAAGCAGGAGUACGACGAGUCCGGACCCUCCAUCGUCCACAGGAAGUGCUUCUAAGCGCUUAGUCUCCGACUACAUUCUGCUAUCAUUCCCCAAUCCCUGAGAUUUGGAGAAAGAGAGAGAGAGAGAGAGAGAAUGAGAGAGAGAGAGAGAGAGGAGAGCGGCUUCUGUCUCGUUUCGCAGGCGGACGUAACAUCAACUUCCGCGACGAUUGGUCCGCCCUCUGGUUCCUCCGGGGUGCAGGUAGCUUCUUUCGAUUCAAAUGUACGUGUUUAAGGUACGCGAGGCUCUGGCGUGUCCGAUUAAGCGCGGAGAGAGAGGAGCUUACGGUAUAUCGCCCUCCUCCCGCGAUUGUUCCUCGGUCUCGGCGGCAACCCAAUAUAAACCGGCGGUUCAUUCUUGCUCGUUUAAGCGCGAUCAUUUCUCUGUAACUUUUGUCACAUCCUUUCUAUUCGAUUCUGACGAUAUUUUUAUUAUUGUGUGAUUAUAUACAUGUGGCCCUCCUACCACACACAUACACACGUACACACACAUACACGCGCGCAUACACUCACACGUGCGAUUACUCUAAGUGACUUUUCUACCCAUGAUCCUGUAACGCGUGCCCGCGCGGGCCCGUUCCAAGUAUUAUAUAUAACUAUAUAUAAAUAUAUAUAUAUAUAUAUAUAUUCGCGUAAAAACUUGUCUACGAGAUUUAGCGCUUAGCGAAGAUAUUUCUCGCGAAAAAUAUUCAUUCUCUCAACGCGAGCAUUUUAAUACACACUGUCCGUGUAUGCACACGCGCUCCGAUCGUCGUUAUUCUACUUCGGAGAGAUAGAGAGAGAGAGAGAGAGAGAGAGUAUCCGAGCAAGAAACAUUCGCGGGCAAGAUCGUCGUAUAGCUUCUUGCCGCGGAAAAAGAGACGGUGGAGUCCCCCCACAUGGCAAUCCAACGUUUAUGCCGUUCAAUGCAUUCCGAUUGAUGUGUGCGGUAUUCUUAAUAAGAGGACGCUCUCGCGCGUCAAAGCUGUCUUUCGAACUUUACACGUCACACACACACACAUACACACGCGUCAUUCCGCGCAGAAAGAGGUAGGCCUCUAGACCUUGUUUUACUUUGAUUCUCGUUAUCGCCCAAUUUCGUAUCUCGCCUAUCGCCCGUAGGAAAAGGUGGCCUUUGCGUCUUCUUUCUUUCUUUCUUUUUGCGUGUUUCCUUUUUAAUUCUUUUUCUUGUUUUCUUUUUUUUACACGAUGGGGUAAACCGCUGAUCCGGAAAAAGGUCCUACGAACGCUCGCUCAAACAAAAAAAGAAGCAAAAAGAAAGACACCACCACGGUUCCGACCCCGCAAGCGUAGCCAAAGUAUUAUAAUUUAUUCCCAUUGUAUUGCGCAAGACCAUUCACGUACACAUCUUAAAGACUACUUUAGACUUAUGGGAUUAUAAAAUAAAAGUCUGAAAAAAAAUAUCACGAUCGUCUCGUGUCAGUGUGUUGUGUCUUUUUGAAGUGAAACAAGAAAAAAAGAAAAAGCAAUCAUCCGCAUCCUCUCAUCGCUCUCCGUGACAUUCCAGCAUCACGCAUAUUUCCACGUACUCUUGUCCUUUCACGAGCCCAGACACGCGGCUGGAUUUGUAUAACCGUUCUCCUCGCGUUCUCCUUUAGUGUGUGUCAGUUUACGAACUCCCUUUUUAUACGUAAAUGUAGCUCCUAUAACGUUCGACGGCAUUGAUUACCGAUAACGUGAUUAACGAACGAUCAUUACUCUAAGAUUUAGGUUUAUAUAUCUUGAGUCAAAUAAAAGUUAUUUUCAAUCAA